AUGGCAGAAGAUCCGCCAAAAGUGCUGUCGCCACGCCCGGUGCAGGCAAACAUUCCUGUUCUCGACGGAAGUACAGAUCAGCCCUCCAACACUGCAGCAGGACUACCCUCUGAUCCAACCUCGCACCAACCUGCUCAAGAUGGUGAAGGUGACUUGAUCAUGACUUCGCCCACUGCCCCCAAGACAGAAGCUUCUGCAGCAGCCUCUACUCUUCCCAAAACCACUGGCGGGCCCGUCCCCCUCGACUCACCCUUACGGACCACGCCAAUCCAUCCCUCGCUCCCGUCCGUGAAGGUUUCAGACGCCGCCCUGACCAGCGCGCCGAACACGAAUCCCAUAACCCUGCAGCCGUUCACAGAAGCCGAGCUGCAAAAAUACGGGUUCGAAAAGCUCCGGGCACAGAUUCUUUCAGCAGCAGCAACAGCAGUGACAACGGCCGAGAAGGAAACGGAAGAGGAGAUAAUAGCCCGCAUGCGCGAGGAGACGGCGGCGCUGCUGAAGCAGAAGCUCGACGAGAGGGAGGCGCGGACUCGUGAGAUCGAGCGCGAAAUGGAAGAAAAAGAGAAGAUCCGUGAGGUGGAGAGGAAAGUCUUCCGGAAGAAACUGGCCGGUGGGAAGGAGGGUUGA